UCCCUACAGCCUGCUGCUUGUGUGAGUGGGUCGCUUUGAGAGUGGAGGAGCAGAAGCCAUAAUUGCAGAGAAGCCGGCCCCGUGUCCGACUGUCACAGGGGACAGUCUCUCCGCUCCUUUCCUGACUUAGUCAGAGUUUGGGAGUGACUUGUCGGAUGCCACCAUUUCAGCGUGUUGCAAUGUUUGCGUCAAACCCCUCCUCUCACAGAUGACCUCAUGUUGUGGGAACACCUCUCAGCUGAGUGUGGAGGGGCCGGGGUUUCGCUGCCUAUCCCUGGGCUCGUCCAUCAAUCAGGAGCUGCAGUCGGAGCGCCGGGCACGGAUUGCGGCAGCAGCCAUGAGACGCACGCCUGCGGCGGCCCCGGGAGUGGGCACGGUGCCCCUGCUCUGCCUGCUGCUCCCCGCAGCCCUCGGCUUCAACCUGGACUCGCUCAGCCCCGCCGUGUUCCGCGGACCCCGCCGCAGCUACUUCGGCUUCUCGGUGGAGUUCUCCAGCGCCCGCCCUGAAACGCCGAUUGUUCUGAUUGGAGCUCCCAAAGCCAAUACCAGCCAGCCGAACAUAACCGAAAGUGGAGCGGUCUACUCAUGUGCCUGGGGUCUGAACGACACAGCCUGCCAGCAGAUUCCUUUCGAUCUAACAGGUAACCGGAUGUACAAUGAGACUGAAGUCCUGGAGCUAAAGUCCAACCAGUGGUUUGGAGCAACAAUCCGAUCACACAAUCAUACUAUCCUGGCCUGUGCCCCUCGCUACACGUGGAGAGAAAACCAGCAGAACAAUGAGCUGGUGGGGACCUGCUACCUCUCGACAGGCAACUUCAGCCACGUCGUGGAGUACGCGCCGUGUCGAACAAAUUGGCACACACAUUCAGGCCAGGGAUUCUGCCAGGGUGGUUUCAGUGCUGACUUAACAGAGAGUGGCCGGGUGGUGCUUGGUGGGCCUGGCAGUUUCUAUUGGCAAGGCCAGUUGGUCUCUGCCUACGUCAAGGACAUUGUUCAGCCUAGUGCUGACUUCAACUUCAUCCAGUUCACCCGAGGCGAGGUGCGCACUGCAGUGUCUCCUGGCUCCUUUGAUGACAGUUACCUUGGUUACUCCUUGGCCGUUGGAGAGUUUAAUGGCGAUUCCAUUGAAGAUUAUGUCACUGGGGUUCCUCGUGGGACACAAUCCGUUGGAUAUGUGACCAUUUUAAAUGGGACAAAUAUGAAAGCCUUACUCAACUUCUCGGGUGACCAAAUGGCCUCAUACUUUGGAUCUGCUGUGGCAGUGACUGACAUCAACAGUGAUGGGCUGGACGACGUUUUGGUUGGUGCGCCGAUGUUCAUGGAGCGAGACUCUGGGGGAAGGCUGCAGGAGGUCGGCCGGGUCUAUGUCUAUUUACAGACGGGCCUGCUGGAAUUUAACGUCACGCAGAACCUGACAGGCAGGGACACCUACGGGCGAUAUGGGACCUCUGUGGCAGUGUUAGGCGAUCUGGAUCAAGACGGAUUCAACGAUGUGGCAGUUGGAGCCCCGUACGCUGGCGACCAGCACCAGGGCCUGGUCUACAUCUACAACGGGCGACCUGACGGCCUCAACAGCACCCCUUCUCAAAUCCUGAUGGGACAGUGGGCAGCCACUGCCAAGGUGCCAGCAAGCUUUGGAUUCGCAGUCCGGGGAGCAACAGACCUGGACAUGAAUGGGUACCCAGAUGUAAUUGUCGGGGCAUUUGGUGUUGAUCGAGCAGUGGUUUACAGGGCCAGGCCUAUUGUACGUGCAAGUGCCAUGCUGAAGGUGUCCCCUUCUGUCUUCAACCCAGAGGAAAAGGGCUGCACUGUGAACAACACUGACGUCACGUGCAUCAACGUCAGCUUCUGCCUCAGUGCAUCUGGGAAACACGUGCCGGACUCGAUUGGUUUUAAGGUGGAGUUACAGUUGGACAAGUUGAAGCAGCAGGGUGCGAUAAAGCGAGUGCUGUUUCUACAUUCCCAGGAGCCUUUGUAUCAGGACAACGUCACUAUCAUCAAUGGGCAGGGAGGGAUCUGCCGAGACCUGAAGAUCUAUCUCCUUGAAGAACAUAAAUUUCGAGAUAAACUCUCACUGAUACACAUCGCACUGAACUUCAGUCUGGAUCCCAGGAACCCCACUGAUGACCAUGGGCUGCAGCCAAUCCUCAGCUACUCAACAAGUGACUACCUGGUACAAAAGGCCCAGAUCCAGCUCGACUGUGGGGAUGAUAACAUCUGUGUUCCAGACCUGCAGCUCUCUGUUCAGGGGGAUCGUAAAACGGUGUAUCUUGGUGAUGAAAACCCACUGACACUGAACUUUGAAGCAAGGAAUCUGGGUGAAGGAGGGGCAUACGAGGCGGAGCUGUAUGUAUUCCUGCCUCCAGAAGCUCACUUCAGUGGGAUAGUACGGGACGAGGGCCUGGCCAUGCUCAGCUGUACCUGUGACAACCAAACCGUGGUCUGUAUCCUGGGGAACCCCAUGAAGCCAGGGACAAAUCUCUCAGGUGGCCUCCGCUUCACAGCCCAUCAGCUGCGCGACGACAAGAAGUUCAUCGAGUUUGAGCUCCAGAUCCGCAGUAAGAACCUCAACAAUUCGAGAAGUGAGGUUGUUCCCUACAGACUGGACGUGGAGGUCUCGGCACACGUCAGCAUCCGAGGGGUCUCCAUUCAGGACAAGAUCCUCUUCCCCAUCCCGAACUGGAAGCCCAAAAGGAAGCCAGUCAAUGAAGAGGACGUUGGGCCACCCGUCAAACAUGUCUUUGAGCUCUCCAACAAUGGUCCCAGCUCUAUCAGCUACACCCUCUUACAUGUCAGCUGCCCAAUCAAGUUUCAGGAUGACCGUCUGCUCUACUUCAUUGACUACGAAACCACGGGGGCCCUCCUGAACUGUACAGCCAGCAGCCCAUUCAACCCCCUGAAGCUGAAGCUGCAGACCCCUCCAGUGGAGCCAGCGCUGGCACUGAGUGUGGCCUCGGAGAAGGUCCAGCAUUCCAUUCAGCGUCGAGAGGCGCCGUGGGAGCAACUGAAGGAGCCGGAGAGCCUGAACUGUCAGCAGGUGGAGUGCCUGAACCUGAGGUGCAGGGUUGGCCUGGUGGAGAAGGGGGGAAACGUGGUGCUGACGAUUCGGUCCCGCGUGUGGGCACAGACCUUCAUCCAGAGGGAGAACCACCCGUACUCUCUCCACUGCAAUGCAUCGUUCCAGGUGCACUCCAUGCCCUAUCGCAUUCUCCCCACUGACUACCCGAAAGGGGCCAUACAGGUGUCCACCUCUGUAGUCUGGGCCAAGUCUGAGAGCUCCUCCGCUGCGCCUCUCUGGAUUAUAAUCCUGGCCGUGUUGAUAGGUCUGCUCCUGCUGGCUCUCCUCAUCCUGAUCUUGUACAAACUAGACUUUUUCAAACGGUCCAAACUGCCAUACGGGACAGCGAUGGAGAAGGCACAGCUCAAACCACAGGCCGCAUCGGAGGCUUAAAGUUCGAGAUCACAGAGGCGUGGGAGAGGCGACUGAGGGGAACCGCUGCACUGCUCCAUAUUACGGGGACACAGUAGCGCUCCUCCGUGCUCCAGGUCAAAGAAGGAGCAGUUCAGGAAAAGGGGCACCCAGGAGCUGCUGUGGAGUUUCUGCAAGCGUUAUUUAAGGAAAUUAUUCAAAAGCACUGAUUGUGAUUUUAACCAUUCUUUCAAGGUCCCUCGGUGAUGACAUCGAGUUGGGAUGGGUUUGGAUGUAAAUGUUUCAAACUGUUCUCAGAGUGCAAUAUAUUUAUAUUUUCCAGUGAUCUACAGAAGCAGCAUUGACCAGGGUGAAUCUUUUUUUUGGGACGGGUUGGUGGGAGGGAGGGAACCCCAGGUUCGAGGGCUCUGAGCUGAAAGGCCAGGCCAGAGCCGGGCAGCUGGAGCACUGAGCAUGCCAGCAUCACCCACUGCGCCCUGGCCAGAGCGAGAUGGCAGGGUCCUGGCCCCUGGUUGGGGGGGGGGGGGUGUGGGGGGGGGAAAGAUUUGAAACCGCUUCGCCCUCUGCCCUUCCAAUGGUGCUCCUCCCCUCUCUCGGCGGCAGACGGCCAAGCCAAGGUCUCGAGAUCCCCUCGAUCGGCGCCCUGUUGCCAGUCAAUGAUGGUGCUGCUCUCUAAUGUACAGACCCCUGCUCACACCACCCCCCACCCCCCCCCCCACAAAUCAGAGCCCACUCAUCUGUGAGGGAGAGCCUUGCUCCCACCAUUCUUGUGGCCAGUCUAUCUCCCAAUGAGCCUGGAGUUGGGGGAAGGAUUCCCCAACCCUUUGGAGAGCUUGUUGGGGGUGGGGGAGGGGCGGGGGGGGGGUGUGGGGAGAGGGUUACUGUUUUAUUUCAGAAGGUGCCGUGAAUUGAACUCCCUGUCACUGCUGGGGGAGGGGGGUGGUCUGAGUGAACAUGGAGGGAGGGAUUUAGUGGGGAGGGGAGAAACCUUUGCAGCCAGUUUGAGGGGAUUUUAAAGGGGAAACCAUGCUGUCGCUCGGCUGAGCCCCACACAGCACAGUCACUGCCUUGAAAGCUGCUUUCCCCUUUAAUGCCACCUCGCCGGUGGGCUCACCCCUGGCGCUGCGAGAUACACAGUGCCUUGCACCCGCUCUGUCCCACACACCUUCCUUGCUUUUUACUGUGGGUGUCGUUCUGUUUGUACCUUUUUGAUUUUUGCUAAAAGUUGUACAUGAAUUAAACAAAUUCAAUGAAAAUA